AUGCCGGCCGUUUUCGAUACACUUCGUGCAGUCAAUAGGGCCAACCGACCUUAUUUAAAAUUGAGAGUUGUUUUUAUUGUAGAGGCUCAAUUCGUCUUGGAGGACAAGAAUCGUAUUGAGAUCUUAUUUCAAGACCAAGAGGGGGAACGAAUAUCUGGCAUUAUACGAAUUGCCAAUAUCAGAAUGUUUCGUGAUGUUUUUAAAAUAGGGGAAGUCUACGUGCUCUACAACUAUGAACUUGAAUUCAAUAAUAGGAGAAGCCCGGCAACAUACCACACUUGGAAGCUUGUGAUUAAUAGCACGACUCGUGUGGUCAAAUACAAUGGAAUCUUUCCUUCCAACAAACUGAAAGAGAACAACAGUGUGAAUGAAAGGGAAAGCGCAGCAUCAAUGAAGAAUCUAUCCGAGCAUGUGACCAAGUUUAAUGAAAAUGACAGCACAAACACAAAUAAGAGGGGAGCAACAGAUGAAGGUUACAUAAGUCGGCAAAAAACACAAACCAACAUGCCCGAGGAUGAAAAUUCCAAUCCAAGUUAUAUGACGUCACCGGUUGUCAAAGGAUCAUCUUUUAUCGCUCAACAAAACAAUGACGCAUCGAAAAAAUCUUCUUAUCAGUAUCAGAGUGUCUUACAUUGUACUCAGAACUUACCAUUAUCUGAUGUGACUAAUGUUCUUGGAAUGAGUCGUUCGUGUACACCAGUGGUUCAGACUAAAUACAAUACCAUAAAAGGGUAUGGGACAUCACCACCGAGCCAUGUAUCAUCUUUGAUUCCUGAACAAAGCUCAAGUCAUUUGGGUUAUACGUCCUAUAAGUAUCAAAGUGUAUUGCAUAGUCCUCAUAUCAAGCCAUUAUCUGGUGUCGCAUAUGGUCAUGCCAUACAACCGAAUGACAGUUUAUCAAAAAAUUGUACCCAAAACAUCGUCAUAGACCUUACAAGUGAUACUGAUGAUGAUGGUGGUUCGGGAGUUAUGCAUAAUAUGCCCCUGAAUCCAACAAACAAAAAUCAUCUUCCAUCGAGUUCCAUACAUGUUAUUAAUAGUGAUAAAAAGAGAUCUUUGCCUAUUGAGUUCAAUGAUGUUGUGGAUUUGACCGUGAAUGAUGUUGUCCCCAUUCCCGUUCCCAAAAGAAAACGUGGUAGACCGAAGAAGAUUGUUGGAUCCACAUCGACCCAAUCCGAUCACAACGUGGAUGUUGUUGUCCCCCUUCCCGUUCCCAAACGAAAACCUGGAAGACCGAAGAAGAUUAUUGAAUCUACAUCGACUCAAUCCGUCGAUCACACCGUGGAUGCUGUUGUCCCCCUUACCGUUCCCAAACGAAAACCUGGUAGACCGAAAAAGAUUGUUGGAUCCACAUCGGCCCAAUCCGAAUACUGGGACAUGGGUGAUGCUAGCUGUCAAUGUAUUUAUUGCGGAGCACUGUUUUGGUAUGUUGAGCGAAAAUCUUCAAAAAAGGCUACAGCUCAUCCUGAAUAUAAGGGUUGUUGUAUGAACGGGGCGAUACAACUGCCUGCACUCCAUAAUCCACCUGCAUAUUUAAAUGAGCUUUUACACGGAGAUAGCCGCAAUAGCAAACACUUUCAGGAGAAUAUCAGAUCUUAUAACAGUAUGUUUGGCUUUACUUCUUUGGGCGGGAAGAUUGAUGCAGGGAUCAACAAUGGUACAGGUCCUCCGGUAUUCACUCUACACGGCCAAAACUAUCAUCUGAUUGGUAGUCUACUUCCAUCCGAAGGUGCAACUCCAAAAUUUGCGCAGCUUUAUAUCUAUGAUACGGAUAAUGAAUUAUCCAAUAGAAUGAAUGCAGUCAGGAGCUCUGACGGUAUUUCUGAUUUGCAUGAGGAAAUUGUUGCUCGCUUGACAACAAUGUUGGACGAGCACAAUCAACUGGUUAAGUCGUUUCGUAUGGCUAGGGAAAGAAUUCAACAACACGGCCAAGUGAUGUGA